UUGCCUCUAAACCUUAGAAUAAAUAUUUAAUAUGUCAGAAGAGAUGUGAAGAUCAUUACAUAACUGCAAACAUGUCUGGACGUCACCUAAGCUCAGAAGACAGGCGGGAAUUGGCCCGCCUCACAAAAAUUCUGACUCAGAAGAUUGUGCAAGUGGUUGUUCAGAGCCGACUAGGGGAGAAAGCCUUCACCAAAUCAAAAACUCCAGCACAAGGUUCAGAAUGGUUCAACUUAGGAAUUGAAGACAUCCAUGAGAUACAACAGGAGACCAAGAGAGGCCUGGGGGGUCACAUGCCAGAUGUAGGGAAACCUCUCGUUGUGGAAAUUCUCCUUCGGACUCCAGAAUCAGACAGCCUUGUCCUAGAACUCUGGACACUCACAAUCUUGGACGCAUACGAUACAUCACCCGCCAGGAUAAACCCAACCAUCUAUAACAGAAUGACGGUGCUACUCAAGUCCCUUUUGGCAGUCACCCGCAUCACUCCUGCUUACAAACUGGCUUUCAGACAGGGACCAGACUCCUUCAUCAUAUGUUACCGCGUCUACCUCGGUGACCCCAACUAUGACUGCCUAGGGGAGAAUCACAUCCAAGCACGACUAGGUCAGGUUAUUACUCCAGAGUCAACUCUACUCUUGUGUGUGAGUUAUCGCACUCAGAUUACUCUCGCUCCACCCAGCCGCAGUCCACCACAUGAUACCAUUAUGCUCAAGAGUGAUCACUUCAAGCCAGAAGUUUCUCCACGGCAUUGUCGUCGGGGUGCCGACAGAGGGAAUGACAGUAGUGAAGCAACCCAGGCAUCAGAUGACAGCCAGGAUGCUGCCCGUCUGUUUACUGCCUCUCCUCUUGACCAACCGUCCACACCUCGCUCCAGAACUAGCAGUGAUAGCAGCUGUCGUGGCUUUGUCCAGCAGCAGCAGCAGCAGCCAGAACGGAAAGUGUCGGUGGCCUUUGUGGAUGCUAAGCCACCAAAGCCAGAUGACUUUUUCAUGCCAGACAUACCAUUUUCUAAUCUUCUUACCUCCACCAUUGAGGUACAGCAAGACAAGAAAACUACAGAUAAGUGUGAAGGUGCAGCUAACCAACAGUCAAAUACAACUCAGGAAAGGACUGCUCAGGAGAGAGCUGGACUAGGUGGGGGAGCUGUGGGUGUAGUGCAGCCAGAUGCUAGGGAUAAAGGACUUAUGACUGCCUCAGAUGGCUCCCACAAGUCCACUACAUCUGCACACAUCAAAGAUGAGGCUGACUUUGUUAUGGUAGAGUUGAAACCUCCAUUUGCUGGGAUAUGUGACACGGGUAAUGACUUAGGAGCAUUCUACCAGGAGUGCAAGAGUGCCCCACCUCUCCGCAUGUUUGCUGACACACCGGAGGAUGAGAUCAGUGACCUCACACAGCAGCUUUUGACUUUUGAAGCCAACAUGGAUGAAUACAAUGAACUGGUCAAAUCACUACACUCAGAAAAUAGUCCAAAUAGUCCAGACUAAAGUAAACACAUUUAUUCUAUCUUCCAUGCAAUUUGACUGUAAAUACAGUAGUCUUAACUGUUUUUUUAUGUGUUAAAUGAUUUAUUGUAUUGAUUAAGUAGAUUUUUUUUAAGGGGGCUUCUCUGUUGUGUGUGGCUUGUAAUGUGUCUUUAUCAACAUGAAAUUUGAUGCUUUUUUUUUAAGUAAAAAUCAAGUGCAAUAUCUCUAUCAAGCUUAUUGUGUGAGUCUCAAGAGACUAAGUGUUGCAGUGUAAGGUAUAAAUAUUUCACAGUUUACUUACUGGUACCUCAGUUCGUCCCAAAGUAACACCAUCAAAUCCACCCUAGUGAGGUCCACCUACAGGCACAAAAAGUUUUGCACUGUAGACUAUUAUAGCAAGAUAAUAUUUGUUAGAUAUGGGUGGAGAACAGUGCUGGUUUUGAAAAUGCCAGGAUCUGGUGUUAACUGUUAUAUGCCCCCCUCUUGACUUGUUCAUGUAACAUACACAUUGGCCAGUCUCUCCAUCUGUAUGCUAAAAUGUUUGCACAUUUUAUGCACAUGCCUUAAUUAAAUUUUUUUAUUUCUAUGUACUGUUCACACAUUUUAUGUGCAGUACUAU